GCAUAGUAUUCGGAAGUUUGACAUAUAUAUUUAUUUGUUUUUCUCCACACCGGGUGACAUACGUUUCCGGCUUCUGGUACCGCAGCUCUACCGUCGCCGGGAAACAGCAAUCGAUCUUUCCGCUGACAUCAUGUUGUGGGUCGAUCGUUAUCGUCCUAAGACGCUCAAGGAGGUCGAGUUGUACCCGGAGCUGAACGAGGUGCUCGGGCGCCUCGCCAAGGCACAGGACCUCCCGCACCUCCUCUUCUACGGCCCGUCCGGCAGCGGUAAGAAGACGCGCGCCAUGGCGGUGCUGCACGAAAUUUAUGGCCCCAGUGUGUACUCGGUGCGCCUUGAGCACAAGAGCGUGCAGGUGUCUGACAGCAAAGUGGUGGACAUCGCCACGCUGAGUUCGCCACAUCACAUUGACAUUAACCCCUCCGACGCUGGCAACUACGACCGCGUGAUUGUCAUGCAGAUGAUCCGCGAGAUCGCACAGACGGCGCCGCUACACACCACCGCCAACUGCGCCAAGACGGUGCCGUACAAGGUGGUCGUUCUGAAUGAGGUGGAUAAGAUGAGCCGCAGCGCCCAGCACGCCCUCCGACGUACCAUGGAGAAGUACAUGAACACGUGCCGGCUCAUUCUCAUCUGCAACUCCACCUCUCGCCUUAUUCCACCGCUGCGGUCGCGUUGUCUAGGCAUUCGCGUCGCGGCGCACUCAAAGGACAACUUGAAGCUGGCGGUGCAGCACGUGUGCGAGGGCGAGUCGCGGCCCAUGCCGUCGCCUGCUUUCUUGAAUUCACUGGCGCUGCGCUCGGAUGGCAAUUUGAGGCGUGGGCUGCUCAUGUUGGAGGCGUCCGCCAUGACGAAAGUGGAUUGGAGCGGCAACGGGGCGGCUAUCCCGCAAGCUGACUGGAAGCUCUUUCUCGAUGAGAUAUCGCACGACAUAUUAGCGGAGCAGACCCCAAAGAAGCUGCAUGACGUGCGUCUGAAGUUUUACGAUCUGCUGGCGCAAUGCAUCUCUGGCGAGACAAUAUUGAAGACGCUGCUAGAUAGUUUGCUGCUGGCGGUGCCGCCGAAGCAUCAAGCAGCGCUUAUCCACUUAGCCGCCAAAUACGACCACAACAUGAAACUGGGCACAAAGCCGAUUUUGCACUUGGAGGCUUUUGUAGCGGGUGUCAUGAAGAUGAUGAAGCAGCAAUGA